UGUUUUUUUCCUUCAAUUUAGUUGCAAAACUUAUGCAUUUAUAACCCAACAUUAAUAAUUAUAAACAAAAAGUGUUAAAAAAUGUCUGGCAAUGAUGUUUCGGUUACAGAAACAGCACAAAGCGAUCAGUUCUAUCUGCCCGCGACUGCAGCCACAGCGCAUCAUCAAUAUUAUCGUUACCACAACCACAAGCAGCAACUACAACAACAACAACAGCAACAGAGUUGCCUGCGACACAUACCACUGCAACAGCAACAGCAACAGCAACAACGGCAAUUGCAACAAUUGGUCAACAACUCGGGCGAGUUUGAUGAGGAAUUCCAUUGGCCAAACAAGCAGCUGCUACAACAGUCUGGAGUUGCUGGCAAAAUCUAUAUAACACCAGCGGAUAUACCGCCACCUCCACCACAUCCACACAGCAGCGUUGCCAACAACAUCAGCAGCGUCGGCGGCAGCAGCAGCAACAUCAACAAUCACAGCCAUCACAAUGGCAACAAAGGCAGCAGAUACCAGCAGCAGCAUCAGCAGACACCACAUCGCACUCCACCGCAUCGUUGCAAAUGUGACCAUCCCAUUGAGCUACUGGACUAUGACUAUGAGGAUGUGGCCGCCGCCACCACAGCCACAACCAACACAGUUUCGGCUUUACAUACGCAUCGACAGCAGCAGCAGCAGCAGCAGCAGCAUCCGCAUCAGCACCCGCCCUACUAUUACAAGCCAUCGAGCAACCCAGCUGGCAGCUAUCAGUUGAGGCGCCACAGCGCCAAACUUCACGAGUCCAUGCUGGGCGCCGGCAGCAGUUUGGAUGAUGAUGAUUUGCACAGUGCGGGCAGCUUUGGCGGCAACAUGACGCGCUUCAAGAACCUCAUGUACUCCAAGGAGAAGCGACGGCGCGUGCGCAUCAUUCUCUGUAUUGUGGCUGCAAUUGUUGCCGUUGCGCUCAUAGCCACCAUGAUUGUGUUCAUAGUGGGUGCUGAUCAUGGCAAUAGCGCCAACGAUGACAACAUGCCAGAUAAGGGCAUUAAUCUGGAGGAUGUGCUGUCAGGUCAGCUGUAUGCCAAACGCUUCAAUGGCAGCUGGAGCAAUGGGCACAGUGUCAUAUUCAAACAGCAUGCAAACAUUCUUGAGCUGGAUACGCGCACAGGAGCUGUAACGACGCUGCUGGAGAAUGCAGCGCAUUAUGUGCUCUAUGAAAAGUCCGCCGAUGGGCAAUAUCUGCUGCUGGCCAAGAACUACAAGAAGAACUUUCGCUACAGCUUCUUGGCCCAAUACGAUAUAUACAACUUGAGCAGCAAAGACAUGAAUCCAUUGAAAAUAACCGAUGAGCACAACGAUCUGAGCAUGGUGCAAUGGUCACCUGUGGGCAAUGCACUGGUCAUUAACUUUGAGCGCCAUUUGUAUUACAAGAAGAGCGUUACCGAUACUGCCAUACAGCUGACGAACGAUGAGAAUGGCAAAUUUCUGAAUGGCAUUCCCGACUGGGUGUAUGAGGAGGAAGUGUUUAGCUCCAAUGUUGCCACCUGGUUCAAUCCUUCGGGCACACAGCUUGCCUUUAUACAGUUUGAUGAUUCGCCCACGCAUACUAUAAAGUUUGCCUACUAUGGUGAGGCGGGCGAUGUGCGCUUCCAGUAUCCAUUGCAUCAGGAUAUAGCCUAUCCAAAGGCAGGCUCACCAAAUCCACGAGUAGAGCUCAUACUGCUGAAUCUCACCAGAGCUUUGGCAGGCAGUGAAUUCACCACACGCAUGCCAGUGCCCAGUGCUCUCAAUACAGAAGCUGAUUAUAUAGUUACUGCUGUCAGCUGGCUGGAUGAUGCCAAUGUGCUCUCCAUAUGGAUGAAUCGCGAACAGAAUGAAGCCUACGUAGUGAGCUUCAAUGAUCUAGGACGCAAAGUGCUCUAUGGCACCGAGUCCAAGACUGGCUGGGUGGAUCUCUAUACAGCGCCGUUCAAGAAUCGCAAUGGCUCACUCUUGGCCUUUGUGCUGCCCCAUGAGAACUACAAGCACUUGCAGCUGCUCUCCACAGAUGUGAUCAAUGCUCAGCUGGAGCCGCUUACCAGUGGCAAAUAUGUGGUGGACAGCAUAUUGCACUGGGAUGGCACACAUGAUAUUAUCUUCUAUAUGGCCAACACAGAGGAGCAUCCGGAGCAGAUGCAUCUGUAUGCCAUACGCGCUACGGCUGCACGCAAGCAAACACCAACUUGCUUGACUUGCAAGCUCAUGAACUCGGGCAAUGUGGAGCAAAAUUAUUUCUCUGCUAUAUUCAAUGACAAUAAUGAAAUUGUGAUAAGCUCACUGGGACCCGGCAUACCCACCACGGCUAUAUAUGAAUGGAAAUAUGCAAAUUCUAAAGUAACGCUCAAUCUGCUGCUGAACUGGGAAACAAAUGAAUCGCUGCGUGCUAAGCUCAAGGGCGUGGCACUACCUACGCAUAAAAUACUUACAGUGCCAAUUGAUGGCGGCUUUCAGGCCAAGGUGCUGCUACAGCUGCCUCCCAAUCUAGACACAAGCGGCAAAACCAAAUAUCCUAUGCUGGUGGAUGUUUAUGGUGGUCCGGACUCUUACUCGGUAACCAACAAAUGGAUGCUGGACUGGGGCAGUUAUUUGUCCUCGAAUCAAUCUGUCAUCUAUGCCAAGAUUGAUGGACGUGGCUCUGGCUUGCGUGGUGAAAAGUUACUGCAUGCUAUAUAUCUAAAGCUGGGCACAGUGGAAAUUACUGAUCAGAUUUCGGUUACGCGCAAACUGAGCGAUAUGUUUGACUAUAUAGAUGCCACACAUAUUGGCAUUUGGGGCUGGAGUUAUGGUGGCUAUGCUGCUGCCAUGGCCUUGGCUAAUAAUGAAACCGUAUUCAAGUGUGCUGCCUCCAUUGCACCAGUGACCGAUUGGACUUAUUAUGAUUCUAUUUAUACGGAACGUUAUAUGGGCCUGCCGGAUAAGAAUGCCGUAGGAUAUGCCAACUCACGCUUGAGCACACGCGCCCACAAGCUGCGUGGCAAGAACUAUUUGCUGGUGCAUGGCACGCUGGACGACAAUGUGCACUAUCAGCAGUCCAUGAUAUUAGCCAAAAAUCUAGAGCGUGAGGAUAUACUCUUCAAGCAAAUUAGCUACGCAGAUGAGGAUCACGGCUUGGCCAAUGUGCGUCCGCAUUUAUAUCACUCAUUGGAUCGCUUCUUUGGCGAAUGUUUUGCCAGCAGCCGUUUGGCGAAGAGCGCCAAGUAGAGCACAAUAAACUAAAUUAAUAACUAUUAAUGCUAAGCGUAUUUAUAAACAAAAAUCGUAGCAUGCAUACAAUAUAUAU